CCUGUGUUCUCUCCAGGGGUCAUCCUUAAAGGUAGUGGCAAGGCAAGCUUCACCAAUGUCAUCGUAACUGUUCGUUUUGAGGACGUGCCCCAAGCAUAUAAACCAGGAAUUGCAUACGAGGGGAAGAUCAAGGUGACCGGUCCCGACUCUAGUCCCGUUCCCAAUGAGCCUGUGUAUCUCUUCCUACAAAACAGUGGCAAAUCUGAGAACUGGACUCUCACCACAGACAGCAAGGGCAUUGCUUCCUUCUCUCUAGACACUUCUCUAUGGAGUUCUGAUUCUGUCUCUCUGUCGGCUCGUUAUCAAAAGGUUGAGGAGGAUUAUCCGUACGUGCAGGGUUUGCGUAGACCAGAAUAUUCAUCGGAUUACCACUUCGUAAGAGAAUUUUAUUCUAAGAGCAAGAGCUUUGUGAAGAUAAUGCAGGGCGAAGGGAAGUUCUCCUGUGAGAAGGGCGGUAUUGUUCUUGCUCACUACAUCAUCCAAGGGGUGGAGCUGAAAAAGGGACAGACGACCCUGGACUUUUUCUAUCUGGUUAUAUCUAGAGGCAGCAUUCGGCAGCACGGCCGUCUUCCUGUGACCAUUAAAGAAAGAAAAGUUAACCAAGGGCAGCUGAUGCUCUCGCUGCAGCGGAUGCCUGAGCUGACCCCUUUUGCCCAGGUAGUGGUGUACACCGUGUUGCCUGAUGGGAGGCAGUAGCAGACAGCCGAGACUUCCCCAUUCACCUCUGCCUUAAAAACAAGGUGUCCCUGAAGUUCUCGUCCCUCCAGGAGUUGCCAGGGGAGAAGACCUCUCUGAGCCUCCAGGCCCACCCAGGGUCUCUGUGUUCUCUCAGGGCCAUCGACCAGAGUGUGCUGCUGCUGCAGCCUGAACAGGAGCUCACCCUAG